AUUUCUCAAGUUAACAGGCGCCAAUUGAAAUUAUGAGAAAAUCCCACUUGACAAAGAAUUUGCUUCGCCACUCCUGUUCUUUUGUCGUUUGGCAUUUCUUUCUUAUCCUUCAAAGAACAUGGCUUCACACCCAUUCUGUGGCUUCAGUUCCUCAUUAACAUCUUUGUUUCUCUGAUGUUGUAAGUAGCCCCACUGUAGCUGUCUUCUCCCUUUCUUCCUUCUCCGAAUUUCAAACCCACUUCUGAUUUCCUUUUCCAUGCAAGAAAAAGAGCUGAAUUCGCUGUCUUCUCUUCUUCAGCAAGAUUCUUGAAACAGGGCGAGGGCCAGUUGUUCAUCUUUCGAGUUCUCCGAGUUAGUGAGCUUUGCGGACAAUCUUGAGAGGAACACUGAAGGAUUUCCCGCCAAAGAUUGUGACUUUUGAAAUUUUCCCGUUGAGUCAGCCCAGACCAGAAGGGGAGACCUGUGUGGGACGAUGGAGAAGUUCAUGCAGCGAGAAAAUGUUCUUCUGGGAUAUGCUAAUCAGGGGUUCUCCGGCAACUCCCCAAGAACGCCGCCGAGGAGCUCGGAUGAUAUGGAUUUUAACGAUGUCUUUGGGGGUCCUCCGAGGCGGUUUUCUAUGCCGGAAGUGAAAGGGAGAUACAGUUUCGGAGAAACAGUGGAUUCCGAGGAUGAAAGAGCCUCAUCAUCGCCGUGGGAGACGUUAAAGGAGAAACCUGUGUUCGGUGAAGAAAGUCUGGCAAGAAGGCGACAUCAGGGCGAUGAUUUCUUUGAUGACAUAUUUAAAGGUGAUGAGUCUUAUAGCUCUCCGCGGAGGACUGAUCGUGAUCGGGAUAGUCCAUACGGGUCGAACCCUGCCUCCAGGACUAUGAGCCCUGCCAAGCCUUUACCGCCUAAAUCUGAGCCUUUUGCCACCUCACUCCAUGCUCAGUUCAGUCUGCCUGCUAAACUGACCAAAUGCACGGAGAUUCCUACAUUUGGUUCCCGCAAUCAUGGCCAACAGAGGAUGGAUGGGAAUGCAAAUGGAUUAAACAGUCCACAGUCUUCAAGUUCUUUAUCUAGAUUUUCGAAUGAAGCAAAUCGGGGCCAGGAUGAGAUCAGAAAUGAAGUUUAUCCAGUUUAUCGUCAAAGCCCCUUGUCUCGUCAAACUUCUUUUAGAAGCGAGGAUUCACCGUCCAAUGUCGCAUAUGAUCAGAAAGCCAAUACUGAAAACGUGAAAAAGGAGACAAGGAAUGUUGACAGCUCUGGCAACCAGUUUCAUUUCUCUAUUUACAAAUGGGCAGGUAAAGGAGUUCCAAUGCUAAUGCCCCUUGUGAUUGGGAAUAAUUUGAAAUCGAAAGACAAGGGUAAGCAUGAUAGGUCUGUAAGCUAUAGCGGGAGGAUUGAGAGUAAAUCAUCGACCAUGACAAAUCAAGGUUCGACAGCUAAAGAGCCCCAAUCCUUGAGAACAGAUCACCAGAAGGAAGAUUUGAGGAGCAAAGAAGAGACAAAAGAACUGAAAAGUUCUAUUAAAGAAGUGGUUCAUGAAAUUCCAGAGUCAAAAUCCCGAAGCAGCACGAGUGAUACCGUUGUUCUUGGGGCAGCUAGGCAAAGUAUAAAAGAAGAACUGGUGAAAUCACUAGAUGAAACUAAUACACGAGAGGAAACUAAGAAAAAGGUCUCUCUGAAGAUAGAAGAGUCUCUCCAGUCUGAAAUGAAGCCUCUUCAUGCAUUGAUCAGAGAGGAGGUCAAACAGCCAGGAAAAACAACAGAAAAGAAGGAAAAGAAAAAUAGAACUCAAACUAAUGCGCAUGGCAGCAAAAAUGUGAAGAAAAAUGAAACUGUAGAGAAAUCUAGCUUGCAAGAGGCAGCUGAAAAAUCAGGAGCGACUCCUCUGAAACGUGGAGUCAAAGGGAAGGUCAGAGAGUUUGUUCAGAUUUUCAAUCAGGAAGCUGAUUCAAGGCCUAAAGCUGAUGUUCAGAGAAGUCAGAGUUAUAGAUGGAAAGCGGCUACCGUUGAUCAAAAAGAGAAAGAAGUAAGCUCUGAUGCAACAAAAGCCAGAGAAAAGUUUGUUAACUUGCAUAAUGUAGACAAGAAGCCAGAUGAUUUUGUCAAGGUCAAUGAAAAUCUAAACAAGGAUGAAGCACGACAAUACUCUCCCACAAAGGCCCCAGGUUAUACAAGUAACCAUUCUUCUACUAAUCAGAAGAAUACAUUUUCAUCAGAGUCGUUUAACAGGAAGUCAAAGAUUUUUGUGGAAAACUUAGAUGAUCCUCUGGACAACUUCCUGGUCCAGGAAUUAUCUGAUGACCAUGAAAAAGUUACACCAAGUGAAGGUGCUGAGGACACAAAAGCAAUAGAUGCUAAAAUUCAAGAAUGGGCAGUUGGGAAGAAAGGGAACAUCCGUUCGCUGCUAUCGACUCUGCAAUAUGUCCUUUGGCCUGAAAGUGGAUGGAAACCAGUACCCCUCAUUGAUCUAAUAGAAGCAAAUUCCGUGAAGAGAGCAUAUCAGAAAGCUUUACUCCGCAUACAUCCAGAUAAGCUGCAGCAGAAAGGUGCCGCUUUUAAUCAGAAGUAUACUGCAGAAAAGGUGUUCGACAUUCUUCAGGAUGCAUGGGACAAUUUCAACACUCUUACUCCACUUUAAAUCGUGUGAACAGUUACUCGAACUCCAUACGGAACCAAAGAAAUCCGAUUCCCUUGUGAGCAUUUUUAAGUACAAGUGCAGAUGUAAAUAUCAUUUUGACAGACAAAACUUAUAGAUUGAAUUUUCCAAAAAGCAUAAUGAUACCACUGUUUCCUCUUUUUCCCAGAAUAUUGAGCAUUAAGAGACUGUCAAAAGUUUUAGUUUGCUCGUUCGCAGACUGUUGUAAUCAAAGGAAAGACAAUAAUUACAACAUCUUUAUUGCUCGAAAUAAAAUAGCUCGAGUAACGAUCUCGUUCAAGGAAA